AUGGGCGUUGGAAACAAGCGUACAAUCACCAAAACGAGGCGGAAGACGAGGGACGUGGAUCAGGUCAAAGCGGACUUGAUCUCUUCCAGGCACCUCUCCCAGUAUAAAGAUACCAAAGCAGCGGAAGACCUCCCAGGGCUCGGCCGGAAUUACUGUGUUGAAUGCGCCAAGUGGUUUGACACCGAGAAGACAUUAACAGCCCAUCAGCGAGGCAAGCCUCACAAGCGCAGGCUCAAGCAGCUGCGAGAGGAACCAGACCCGAACCUUCAACGGAUCCCAGGUGCAGUAGCGUCUUCUCAACUGAGCACUGCUGCUGUUAAAUCACGAGGCGACCAACCGACGGAACAAGACACUGAUAUGGCAUCUUGA